UCCAUCCUUAGAGCAUCUUCCUCCUCCCAGCUUGGCUGAGCAGGGAAGGCUCAGUUUAUCCAUUACUGCAAUUACCAGUAGCCCUCCUUCCCGCCGCCCUCCUCCUCCUCCUCCACCACCACCCCAAAGAAGAGGGGUCUUCGCCAGCCACCGUGUCUGUCUGUUGAGCCACACGGAGGGUGGGGGAGAAGACCCACUGAGGACCCGCAGCCUCGCCAGGAAGCAAGCGCAAUGAAGGAUCGCACCCAGGAGUUGAGAACUGCCAAAGACAGCGACGAUGAGGAAGAGGUGGUGCACGUGGACCGAGACCAUUUCAUGGACGAGUUCUUCGAGCAGGUGGAGGAGAUCCGCGGCUGCAUUGAGAAACUCUCGGAAGAUGUGGAACUGGUGAAGAAGCAGCACAGUGCCAUCUUGGCUGCCCCCAACCCAGAUGAGAAGACCAAGCAGGAACUGGAGGAUCUCACAGCUGACAUCAAGAAGACUGCCAACAAGGUGCGCUCCAAGUUGAAAGCGAUUGAGCAGGGAAUCGAGCAGGAAGAGGUGCAGAACCGAUCCUCGGCUGACUUGCGGAUCCGGAAAACACAGCACUCGACCCUUUCCCGCAAGUUCGUGGAGGUGAUGACGGAAUACAACACAACCCAGUCCAAAUAUCGAGACCGAUGCAAGGAUCGUAUCCAGAGGCAGCUGGAGAUAACUGGCAGGACAACAACUAAUGAGGAACUAGAAGACAUGCUGGAGAGCGGAAAGUUGGCAAUCUUCACCGAUGAUAUCAAAAUGGACUCACAGAUGACGAAGCAGGCCCUGAACGAGAUCGAAACCCGGCACAACGAGAUUAUCAAACUGGAAACCAGCAUCCGGGAGCUUCAUGACAUGUUUGUGGACAUGGCUAUGUUGGUGGAGAGCCAGGGGGAGAUGAUUGACCGCAUUGAAUACAAUGUCGAGCACUCCGUUGAUUACGUGGAACGAGCCGUCUCUGACACCAAGAAAGCUGUAAAAUACCAGAGCAAGGCUCGGAGGAAGAAAAUUAUGAUUAUAAUUUGUUGUGUGGUUCUCGGUAUAGUACUGGCCUCCUCCAUUGGGGGCACGCUUGGGUUGUAAAUUAAAGCAAAAAAUAAUAAUAAUAUUAUAAUAAUAAUUUAAAAAUUGUACAUGCAGUGGAUAUAACAGCACAUGUUCCAGCUACCUAUAGAUAAAAACAACUUUAUCGGGUCAGCAAAUCUAAGUUUGUUGUUCAGCAUCAUCUUUCUCAUCCAUUUUUACUCAUUUGCUGGACACCAGGGUUCUGCCCAGAAUUUCCAGAGAUUCUGGGCCUCAACCGGGUGUCUUGUAACCGCACCUCCUCUCCCCCCUCCCCACCACCAUGGUCCAAAACGUGUAAUUCCUGCCCACCCCGGCGAUUUCCCCCUUCAUAUCAAUGGUUAACCCUGAGGGAAGAAAUGGUUUGCGGAGCUCUUUUCCCAUCUCAGCGCGGGAAAGGACCCAGCCACGAAUUGGGCAGUCAUCUCUAAAUGGGCCGUUGUUUAAAGUGCUAGGACAGGAGAAAUACCUGAAAGGGGGGGGGAUAGGUGGAAGCAUUAAUGCUGGAGUAGUAGGCACUAGUGAGGGCCGCGAUCUUGUGCACAGCUGUUUGGAGCUUACUCCGUUUCACACAGGGGUAGGGUCCCUGUUCAGGUUCCCCCUCGUUGCCUGUGGAAAGGGAAUGGUGAACAGUACACCUUGUGCAACUAACAGACACUCCCUUUUCGUAGCUGGCAAUGGGAAACUUUGGGGAAAACAGGCAUGGGUUCCAGGAAUAGCAUUCGUUGCAAGUACAGUCGUGCCUUGGUUCUCAAACGCCUUGGUACUCAGACGUUUUUGCUCCCAAACGCCGCAAACCCGGAAGUGAGUGUUCCAGAUUGCAAAUGCUUUUCGGAAGCCGAACGUCCGUCGCAGCUUCUGCAGCUUCCGAUUGAGUGCAGGUAGCUCCUGCAGCCAAUCAGAAACCGCGCCUUGGUUUUCGAACCGUUUCAGGAGUCGAACGGACUCCCGGAACGGAUUAAGUUCAACUGUAUCUCCAAAACACACACACACCAACAACAACCCUGAAGUUUUCAUUCUUAGGUACCUGGAAAAAUUGAGUCAAUUCUCAGGGCACAAACUUUUCAUCUGCUGCAUCUUCUCCCUUGUCCGUCCGUCCUCCCCACCUUGUGUGUGGUUCCACAGGCAGAACUUUCCUGCCACAGGCCCCAACCCCACCCCUUGCCGCUGACAGAGAGCUGCCCACACCUGGCAGCACGUGUAAGAGACUAAUCAGAUCAGCCCCUCAGAUUUCAAGGAUUAUCACGGCGCUCCAGGACACUUGGGUAGCAGUAAAUCGAGUCGCUGCGUCCAAAAGUUCCCGCUGCUCUAGCUUCCAAAGACACUCAGUGUGGACUACGGCCACGUUGAAUUGGUGUGUUGAUAAUGACCACCUUUUUAAAAGAUUGCCAUAUCAGCGGGGAGCAAGCAACGUGUCAAAGCUCACAUAUCAGCACAGUAUUAUCAAGCAAUAUUUGCAGCAGCCAGGAAUCUGCUUUAGGGACGCUAGGAAAGGGAAUGCUUGGCACCGAGCCGUCAGGAACGCCUCAGCAUUGCUCCUCUCUUACCUCAAAACUUGUGAUGCAAAUGUACCCAAGACUAGAAAACAGAGACGGUGGCAUCCAGCUGCCCUGUUUCAACACGCGCCAGAAAAUAGAAUUCUGAACUACUGCUAGCUCAUGACUGUGACCAGCCACUCUGCCAUUAUCCCAGCCUUUGCACAUAGGACUGGAUUAUUAAUUCAGUUCAUUUGUAUCUGGCAAUAAAAGAAAACCAGAGCAUACGGGGCUCUUCUGGGCUUCAAAUUAGGACCACAACUAGAGGUGAUGAUAGUCGUACACUUUGUCCUGGUGUGCAUGAUGUUUUUAAAAAUCAUAAAUAGCUAUUAGUAGGAAUGGGGGUUUCGACGGAUGAUCGGGGCUGUGGAGAAGGAGCUUUAACCAUUUGCUGCUGCCACCGUCUCCACUGGAAUCAGGUGCCCUGAGGACCUGCUCUCUGCAGUGGGACGAAAGCCCAGCGGCCAGUGGGUGCUUCCCUCCCAUUGCAGACAUGUGGGGAGGGGGGCAGUUCCACUCGAAACCAUUAUCUGGGCCAGUGAGUAUUUAUGUCUACAGUGUUUUCAAAUAUCAUCCACGGCACGGCUCACCACAUGACUAAUGUCGCCUCUGCCUUGGCCCUUUGUGGACCAAAAAUUCCACCUGCGGGGCUGCAGUGCUUGUUUAGAAAUGUCCCACAAAAUGCAGAGUGUACCAUGUCAGACUGCAGGGGAGUUCUCACAUUUUGAAUUCUUCUUCAUUAAAAAAACAAAAACAAAAAACACUCUUCCUGCCCAUGGAAAACUAGCUUAUAGGUUUCAGCUUACCCUCAUCUCCUCCUGGGUGUGCUCAUUUUCUAUUUUCAGAGAGAUUCUGACAGGAGGAGGACCUUCUUGAACCCAGCCCCCUCACUUGCAUGCUGACAUGGUAUGGCUCCAGGGGGCCUUGCUGGCUGUGGUGUUUUUGAACAUGCAAUUCAGCUCUGAGCGACUUCGAAUCAGAAACAGAAAUGCCUGUCUUAGUAAUCCACUGCCAGGAAUCAGCCGUUAACGAAAGGGGCAUGGUCAACAAACAGUAGAAGGCUUGUUCAUGAUUCUAAUAACAUUCCAGUUUUCCAGACUUGGUGGAGAAGGGCUGUCAGGGUUUCUUCCCUGCAAUUCAACGAGGAAAUAAAAUAAAAUAAAAUAGUGAGGUUGUUGCUACCACCAGUAGCAAGAUAGAAGAAAAUAGCCUCAACUGUACUAAAGUUGUCAGCUGUUGCUACAGCAGUGAAGACUUACUUAUAUGGCAGUUGGUUCCCUUGAAGGCUGAUCCCAAAUGCACCAGCUAGAACAGGCUUAAUUCGUACAGCAGGGCAACCACUUGGAGGUAUUUGAUAGCAUACCAUGCAAUAUCCUUUGUCCCAUACCCUCCAACACAUCGAAGGCAAAAACAAGGACACCAUUUUCCCAUUCAUUUUCGUGAGAGAACGGCCGCCAUUUUUGGCAUCGUGAUUUCGCGCCACGAUUCCCCCCCCCUCCAAGUGCUUUCUCUGGGCAUGGCGGCUAAAACCUUGCAUUUUGAGGCACUGCAUGAUUUCAGAGGGGAAAUCACAAUGCAAAAUUGUGCGAGACCGUGGCACCCCGAAAUGGCUGCCCUUCUCUCGCGAGAAAAAAAUGGGAUGCCUCGGUUUUUCUGGGAUGUUUGCAGGGUAUGUUGUUCCCCCACCUCUUAAGGGCAGUCUCUACAUUUCAGCAGAAUCAGGGGGGAAAGCUUUCAUCGGACCAUUUCAGAUUAGAGAUAGGGGGUUGUGUGUUUGAUAACAAACCCUUCUCAAAUCCGGAAUCCUCGUAAGGAGUCAGCCUAUCUGUCUCCCUGAAACAUGCUUGUUUUCUCUUUGGCAAGACGUUUUGGAGCACUGAAAAUUCCAGUUGCCCCCCACCCACAGCCCAGCUUGGCACGGAAAGUGCUUUACCACGUGGUUCUGCUGAAUGUGUGAAGUGGUUCUUGCUUUCAGGUAUGCAUACUUGGGAUCACAGCCUUUGGAUCUGGGUUGUUGUUUUUCCCCCACUUGUUUUGAUUCCUCUGCCCUGUUCCCCCAGCCGCAUUGCCUUGCCCCAUUGAUCCUCUUUCGUGACCUUCCAUUAUCUACACUGAGCAACCAGGCUGCUGUGGGAUCUCGCUGGCUGCCAUAAACGAGAGGCGAUCCCUCGCUCUGCCUUCCAUCCGAGAAGACCAGCGCGAGAUCCUACUCAGACUAGGAAGGACGGAAGUCCUGGGAGGAUCUUCAGGUCGAUUUCUGCAUGCACAAAGCGUCGCUCAUGCGGAAAGAGAGCCAAACCCCAAACCCAGCUGAAUGCAAAAGCAAGGGCAUAUCCAUAUCAAAACUCCAUGCACAGAACUAAUUAUGCACAGUGUAUAGCUUAGCUGUCGGUUGUAUCAGUGCCUGUGAAAUAAGAAGCAGUACUAAGGUACUGAUUGCCAUGAAAGCAUACUCUGGCCAUGCUACAGUCAGGUUACCCAGCUCUUAAAAAUCAGCAAAGUAUUAUUAUUCCAUUGGCCUCUUCGUGUUAAAAUGCUCGCCCCUGAGUAACAGUGCUCCAUCGCUAGAGUAUCCUAAUGAUGCCGUAUCCUUAGCAGAAAACAACAACAGCACCUGAUACGAUUAGAAGAAGCCACACUAUGACCCUUGCCAAAUAUGCUGCAGUAUUUAAGAACCCACUUACCAAAGGUGCUGCAGUAUUCUGGGGUAAGGUAAUACUGCGCCCCUGUGUCAAGUCUAGUGAAACAGCUUUCUGCCUUUCCGAGAAAAUAAAACGAGCAAUGCAACUGCGCCAGCAACCUUAGCACCCAAACUAUGCAUCCUUUUCAGGAGCACUCGGUUAUGUUUGCUCCUUUAAAUGGCAUCUCUAUUUAAAAGAUGAAGAGGGAGAGAAAAAGCACACCCAAUGAUUAGAUUUUGUAGUAGAACAUUAGCUGCUUCUAGGUAGGCUUUUGUAGAUCUGGAA